AUGAAAGCAGAACUAAUGAGCUACUUGAGAUAUCCUACGCAAGACGCGUUUAAACUGGCCAGAGCUGGCGAUAUUUUUAAUCGUGCUUUUCAAAUUAUAGAGGAUCACAUUGAGAAAAAUGGAAAAGAUAAAGGAUUUCAGGUGUCCCAAUUUGAACCCAACAUCCUUCACAAAUUUGGGCAAAUACUUUCUCGGACGCACAUCGACUUGAUAGGAAAUAUGUCAGGGUGCAAACCCGUAAUAUUUCAAACCUAUGAUACCAAUAAGAUUUAUAAUUAUUCUUCACACACAAAUAAUGCGAUGGAUUUCAAAAACAUAUGUUUGAUGAGAAUGUCUUAUCACGUUAAGUAUAGAACUAUAGAUGGAACAUGUAAUAAUUUAUACGAACCUUCCAAAGGCGCGGCUCUGAUGCCCUUUAGAAGAUUAUUGCCUCAUAAAUACGAGAACGGACUCAAUACGCCUUUAGGUUGGAACUACCCUGCUCACAACUACAAUCUCUCCAUGCCAUUCCCAUCGGACGAUGCUUUUUUGAAUUAUUAUAGAGAUUCCGUUAAAACUUAUUCCAACUAUAAAAUUAAAAAUAAACAAAUUGACAAUUCCAUUAAUAAUAGAUCUCUGAGUUCGAUUAAAUUUUCAUUCAUUCCUAUAUUACCUAACCCGAGAAUGGUCUCUUACUCAAUAGCUUCGACUGGUUCCAUCAAAAUUCAACAUUCAUACAGCAUGAUGCUUAUGCAAUGGGGCCAAUUUUUAGAUCACGAUUUAGAUUUCGCACUUCCAGCCCUGAGUUAUAGGAGUUUUGUUGAUGUAGCACCUUGUGGCGACCAUUGUCUCAAUAGCGCCCCCUGUUUUCCCAUUAAACCCUUUCACGGUGAUCCACGAAUUGAAAAAUUUAAAUGCAUCGAGUUUGUGAGGUCUAGCGCGAUAUGCGGGACUGGUUCAAGUUCUUAUUUAUUAUCUUCAAAUAAUCGACUUGAGGAUGAACAAAUAUUAAGGGCAAGAGAACAAAUUAAUACAAUUACAUCCUUCAUCGAUGCUUCCAAUGUUUACGGUAGUUCGGAAGAAUUCGAAAAACAAGUCAAAGAAUCUGUACAAGGACCUAAUGGUAAAGAGCCAACAGGUAGAUUAAAAGUUGGAUUGGUAUCGCAAUAUCAAUUUAAAAAUAACAUAAAUGGAAGUGACAGUAAUGAUGAAAAGUAUUUUCUACCUUUUGACACUGAGGCAGGGAUGGAUUGUAAAAUCGGAAGAGGAGAUUUUGCUAAUAAACGAUAUCCAUGUUUUUUAGCCGGUGAUCACAGAGCGAACGAACAGUUAGGCUUACUCAGUAUGCACACGCUAUGGAUGAGACAGCAUAAUAGUAUUGUUAGGGAAUUAAAAUCAUUAAAUCCUCAAUGGAAAGGUUCCAAGCUUUAUGCAGAGGCUAGGAAGAUAGUGGGAGCUCAAAUGCAAGUUAUAACAUAUAAAGAAUGGUUGCCCAAGAUUGUUGGGAAGAUUGGAAUGAAACUAAUUGGUUAUCCCAAUAAGUUUCAAUAUGAUCACGAUACAAAUCCAUCAAUAUCAAACGUAUUCGCUACUGCUAUUCUCAGAUUUGGGCAUGGUUUAGUUAAUCCUAUUCUCUUUCGUCUCAAUUCCUCUUUCUUACCAUAUCAACCUCUUUCAUCUUCUAAUUUGCCACUACAUGAAGCCUUUUUUGCGCCUGAUAAACUCUUAGAAGGUGGGGGAAUCGAUCCUCUAUUGAGAGGUUUGUUCGCAUCCCCUGGCAAGGCCAUAGACUCUCGCAAGCUUAUUACUACAGAGUUAACUGAAAAAUUAUUCGAAACUCAUCAUACUCCAGCCUUUGACCUCAUUGCCAUAAAUUUACAAAGAGGGAGAGAUCACGCCCUGCCAUCUUACAUGUCCUGGAGAGACAAGUAUUUAGUUAAUCACAAGGAUCGAUUAACUCAUGGAAUUCAAAAUCAAAUAUUAAAAGAACUUUUAGAACUUCACCAAGGAAACACAAAUUCAAGCAUAAUCAGAGAAGGAAGGUCUAGAAUAUUCGAAAAAUAUUUGUCUGACAGUUACCAUGAUCUCGAAGAGCACAAUAAUGACAAAACAAAAACCCUGAAAAAUCAUAAUGACAAUAUAAGUGGCAUGUAUAAAAACGUUUAUAAAGAUAAAAGCGAUAUCGUAUCAAAAUUAUCGGAUUUAUAUUUUUCGCCUUAUGACAUAGACAUUUGGUUAGGUGGAAUUUUAGAGAAUCCUAUUGGCGAUGAUGACGAGGGAGGAAUAUUAGGGCCAACGUUUACUUGUUUAUUAGCCGAACAGUUCAAAAGACUAAUGAUUGGAGAUAGAUUUUGGUACCAAAACCCUUGGGUAUUCACGCCUUCUCAACUUUCCCAAAUAGAAAAGACCACUCUAUCAAACGUUUUAUGCCGUGGAGGUGACGAUAUCGCUAGAAUUCAAAUCGAUGCUUUUACGAUUGUAAAUAAUGAGAAGGAAUAUAUUUCGUGCCAAAAUAUUACGGAAGUUAAACUCAAUCCCUGGAAAGAAUGUCUUAGUAGAAAUACCAUUUAUGAUAAAAAUUUGUUAUAUAGUGAUGUGUCCAAUGAGGAGAGCAUAUUUUGCCCUAUUUUAAAUAACACGGGAAUCGAUGAAAACAUGGUACAGGAUAUAAUGGCCGAUCAAAAUAAUAUGUUAUCUAUGUAUGCCUCCUCAACCUAUAAUAGCCAACGAAAUGUUUCACCAUCCGUCAAUGAUAAUGAACAAAAUUUCAAAAAUAUAGUCGUAAAUCUAGAAACAUUUAAAAACAAAAAUAAUAGCCAGUCAAUGAAAGGUAUUCACGAGAGAAUGGACAAACUUAAAUUAGAAAUGUUCCAUAUGCAUAAAGAAAUGAGUGCCUUGUUUAGUGAAUUAGAAGUCAGCGCGGCACGAUUUGAACCGGCCGUGAACAUUUUCUAUAGAGCUUUUCGGUCCGGCCCUAUUCAUUUUUUACCUCCUCCCUGA